GUGACCAACUCCCCCGUGCCCACACAGACACUUUCUCUCCUCUCUCCCUCUCAAUCGAUAAAAUCUCCGGUUAGCCGGCCGGCGUGCUUGCUAUCUGCUUAAUUAGUCAAGCCCGUGAAUCUCCGGCGGUGCGUGAUGGUCCGGGGAAAGACGGUGAUCAAGAGGAUCGAAAACACGACGAGCCGCCAGGUGACCUUCUCCAAGAGGAAGAGCGGGCUGUUCAAGAAAGCCAGGGAGCUCGGCGUCCUCUGCGAUGCGCAGGUGGGCGUCCUCCUCUUCUCCAACACCGGCCGCCUCUAUGACUACUCCAACUCCAACUCCGGCAUGAAAUCCAUAAUUGAAAGAUACCAACAUGUUAAGGAGGGCCAACAAUUCAUGAGUGCAAGCGCUGAGGCUAAGUUCUGGCAAGCGGAGGGAGAGCGUCUGAGGCAACAACUACAAAACUUGCAAGAAAAUCAUAGACAAUUGCUGGGACAACAUCUAUCUGGCUUAGGUUUGGAAGACUUGAGGGGUUUAGAGAACCAGCUGGAAACAAGCAUAAAUAACAUCCGGCUAACAAAAGACCAACUUAUGAUUGAUGAAAUUGAAGAUUUAAACAAGAAGGAAAGCCUUGUGCACCAGGAAAAUAUUGAGCUACACAAGAAACUAAACGUCAUUCGUCAAGAGAAUAUAUAUUUGCAAAACAAGUUAAAUGGGGAGGCGGAAGUAAACGGGACAAUUACAAGUUCUUCUAGCCAGUAUAGCACUGCUGCUCGAGAGGAUCCAGUUCGUCUGGAACUUGGCCAUCCAGACCAUGCACAAAUGGAUGAGCAACCAGAAUCACCAACGCUGGGGCUAAAAAUUUCUACUACAAGGACUGCCAGAUGAUCGAGGAUUGAUGUGCCAAUUCUGUUCCAAAUCAAGUGCAUGUUCACGCAUGUUUUCGCCAUGUCUACCCAUGUAUUUAAAAAAAAAGUACCAUUGGGAGAUUUGCAACUCGCUUCAUGUAUUUUUUUUUCUAGUUCUUAAAAUACAGUAUUACUUUUAGUAACAAAGCAACAAGAAUAUGCUUGUUCAAUCCCAUUCGGAUGCAUAAACUUGCAUUCAAAUAAAAUAAAGUGUCGUAAAAAUACACAGUGGUUAGAGUUUUCAGUUGUAGACAAAACCUCCUGCGAGUUUAGGAGUAUUUCAAAGGAAGUUCUCCAUACCAGGUAGCUGCACAUUAUCAUUUUAUUUCGAAGGAAAACCUUUCCUCCAACAAGGGG